AUGGAGACUAUAGAACACAUAAAAUUGUGGCUGGAAGAAACUCCUGACCAUACGUGUUUUAGAGUAAACAAAUUAAGAAACUUUGACGAGAAUGAAUUAAAACGAAUAUUAACAGCGCAAAGUUAUGAAUUGAAGUCAACACAACUACCGCACUAUUAUUUUUUAAAACCAGACUGUUUGAUAAUAGAUCGAUGGCCCGAUAAUAUUAUUGUUAAUAGUGGGAGCCAUGAAGUAAUUGUAGAUCCUUCAUGUGGUGCAGCAGUUUUAAGAGGAUCCAAUGUGUUUGCACCAGGUGUUAUGGGAUUAGCUUCAGAUUGCAAACUUGAUGAAGUAGUAAAAAUUUUCAGUGACAUUGAUGGCAAAUGUAAACGAGGCCUCAAAAUAGAAUACACAGGUAGAAAGCAAUAUGUUGGAUGUGGUUAUUUGAAGAAACUCCGUUGCAGUCUCUUUGAUGAUGGUAUUCAACCAAGGCAGUGGCAUCGCUGUCCAAACAUUAUUUCCCGCUUCCAAGCUAGUUGUUUUGAAUGA